ACCCACUUUUUUCCUCAUUCAGUCAGAAUCAAAUCAUAAGUAACAAUGUAUUCACCUAAUUCGUACAACACCAAUAAUUUGCCGAUAAGUUUCAUGAGUGAUCAUGCUAGAAAUCGUAGGAAUUCGAACAUAAGCACAUAUUUCGAUGCGCCAGUGUCACCAUUUUAUACAAAUCCUGGUAACGUCACUAAAGUAGCGCCGGCCCCAGGGUACCACCCUGGGGAACCCCACAGGGCUUUCGAAAACCAAGAUACUGGAUCUGGUGGGCUGGUUUACAGGGUCUUGAAGCCUGUUCUUUAUCUCCAGAGAUACAUGGGAAUAUAUCCUAUAAGCAUAAGCGAAAGUGGAAGAUUUGAGGUCACUUCACAACUGCUGAUGUAUUCGGCUCUGGUUUUUCUUGUAGAAGUUGCAUUUAUAGGCUACAUCAAAUGGGAUAAAGUAGAAAUAGUGAGAUCAUCAGAGACAGAAGCAAAAUUUGAGGAAGCUGUAAUCGAUUAUCUUUUCACGGUCUAUUUGAUCCCGAUAGUGAUGAAUCCUAUUACACUAUAUGAAGCAAAAUAUCAUGCCAAUAUUAUGAACGAUUUCAAGAAGUUUGAGGAAUUUUACAGAAAAGUAGUGAAAAAGAAGCUGAACCUAUUCGUAGGAAAUAAAUCUUUACUAUUGACUAUUGCUCUGCCAGUAGUUUCUUGUGCAACGAUGGUAGUCAAUCAUAUAACAAUGGUGAAUUUUCGUUUUGUACAGGUUAUACCAUACUGUUACAUAAAUACAGUGACUUAUCUUGUUGGCGGUUUAUGGUUUGCUUAUUCAGAUGUUAUAGGAAACAUAGCAUUAACCAUUUCCCAGGACUUCCAGUUCGCAUUGAAAAACAUGAGUACCUCCUCAAGAAUAGCAGAGUUCAGAACGUUAUGGAUGUUGCUAGCUAGGAUAACCAGAGAUUGUGGGAACUCAUCUGGCCACACUCUGAUAUUUCUGAGCUUGUACCUGUUUCUGAUCAUAACAUUGACGAUUUAUGGUUUAUUUUCCCAGAUUCAAGGUGGUUUUGAAUUGAAAGAUAUAGGAUUGACGAUAACUGCAGUUUUUGCAGUUGCUCUGCUGUACUUUAUCUGUGAUGAGGCACAUUAUGCAUCGAACUGUGUUAAGGUUCAUUUCCAAAAACGUUUGCUGCUGGUGGAACUUACUUGGAUGAAUGAGGAUGCACAACAAGAAAUUAACAUGUUUUUGCGGGCAACUGAAAUGAAUCCCACUAAUAUGAGCUUGGUUGGAUUUUUUGAUGUUAACAGAAAUUUAUUUAAAUCGUUACUGGCCACAAUGGUGACAUAUUUGGUGGUACUGCUUCAGUUUCAAAUCAGCAUACCAGAAGAUAAUGGAGGAUCCAACGUAUCAAGUAACAUGACUAAGUCUUAAGUAUUUAUUUUUAUAAUUAAGAACUAAAAUGAACUACACCUGGCCUCAAGUUAAGGAUAGUGAAUUGAAAAUCCUUUGUGUAU